AUGAAACUCCGACUUUCUCUCUGUCUAGGCCUGCUAUGGCUAGCCCCCGCUCUGGCCGAUACAACAUGCUAUAAUCUCGACGGAAGCAUAGCAGCGGAUGAUGUCCCAUGUGAAUCAUCCGGAACCAGCAACUGCUGCAACUCAAACGAUCUCUGCAUGUCGAAUGGGCUGUGCUAUAUGCAAGGCUGGCGGGGAUUCUCCCUGACCCGCGGCAGCUGUACAGACAAGAGCUGGGGGGCAAAGUGCUAUGCGCCAUGCUCCGACUACAAUCGCAACUCCGGAUACCCUAUCGUCAACAUGGGCGGCUUCAGUGGAAAGUCAACAAAUUGGUGCUGCGGAUCGGUGACUUAUGAAAAUGGGAAAGCAACAUGCGCGCAAGGAGAUAGCUUUACGCUCGAAACCGGUCGUGCCGUCGUGGGAGCUGCUGCCCUGGCCAACUACACGGAAAAAAGCACUCAGUCCUCGAAUACGUCCGAUGCAUCGUCUCCCGAUUCGACUUCCAGUUCUUCUUCGGGCUCGUCUUCUGGAUCUUCAUCUCGAGAUGCCGCUAUCGGGGCGGGUGUUGGAGUGCCGCUUGGGGUGAUUGCUCUCGCCUCGAUCGGAUGGGCAUUGUGGGAGCGUCGAGGACGGAAGAAGGCCAUCGCACAGGGCGUCCCGAUGCAAUCCGAACAAAUUCAAGGCCAAGGCUUCACUGGGCACGAGCUGGGGUAUCGCCAUCCGAUCGAAAUUGGUACGAGUGGGCGGUCGGUAUCGGAAUUGGGUACAGCGAGGAGCUACAAAGCCCCCAUCGAAGCCGAUACUUGA